CGCCGAUUUGCCGCGACUCUUUAUUUGUUUCUGUUUCACCAUUCUCUCUCUAGCCCAACCCCAAGCCAGCUCACCGAUCCAACUCACUCCCAAAAAAUGUUCAGCCUCCGAGUCCACUCAGUAGACAGCAAUCAUCCUCUAACUCUUGAAGAAACGACCUUUAUCUCCGCCGCCGCCACCACCUCCACCACGGCAGCCACCACCAAAUUCUAUGAAAGGAGAGGCAUUUCACAUCUAUAUCGAAACGCUUUGCAGAAAUCCUCACUGCCAAACCCUAAUCCUAACUCUCGAUCCACUUCUCUCUUCGUCGUCGCCGUCCCUAACUACUUCUCCGAAGACGACUUCAUCAGAUUUUGCGGUUCCCAUAUUGAUCAUGUCCAUGCACUCCUCUUCAUCAGGAAUGAUGGGAUGGAAGAUAGGUACAGUGUGUUAAUAAAGCUUGAUAAUCAAGUAACAGCUGAUAGAUUCUACAAUAGUUUCAAUGAGAAGCGAUUUUCGCCAUCUGAGGCAGAGAUUUGCCAUAUACUAUACGUGCUUUCUGUGGAAUUCACGGAAUCGGCAGAAAUAGCAAGCACUCCUCCGGAAAAUUUCACUGAGUUGCCAGCUUGUCCAAUUUGUCUUGAGAGAUUGGACCCGGAUACUAGUGGAAUACGCAAUACUCUUUGUGAUCAUUCGUUUCAAUGUUCAUGCACUUCAAAAUGGACGCACUUGUCUUGCCAGGUCUGUCGUCUUUGUCAGCAGCAGGAUGAGAAGCCAGCUUGUUCUGUUUGUGGAACUUCAGAAAAUUUGUGGGUUUGUCUGAUAUGCGGUUUUGUAGGAUGUGGAAGAUAUAAAGAAGGACAUGCUAAAAGGCACUGGCAAGAUACACAGCAUUGUUAUUCUCUUGAUCUGAGAACACAACAAAUUUGGGACUAUGUUGGUGACAACUAUGUUCAUCGGCUGAACCAGUCAAAAACCGAUGGCAAGUCGGUAGAUACAAACUCUUGUUGUAUGUCGUUUGAAGGAGAUUGUGGCACUUGUGGAUGUAGUGAGGAUUCUGGAAUUAGUGGGGCUCUCUUUAGCAGCAAAGUUGAAGCAAUUGCGGAUGAGUACAAUCGUCUUUUGGCCACUCAGCUGGAGGCUCAAAGACAACAUUAUGAAUCUCUAAUUAUUGAGGCCAAAAGUAAAAGACAAAGUUCCAUUUCAGAAGCAGUAGAGAAUGCUGUGACAUCCACUAUGCAGGAUAUCCAAAAUAAAUUGGAAAAGUGUGAGCAAGAAAAAAAUGCUGUAGCAGAUAUCAAUCGGGGUCUCAUCAAGAAUCAAGAAAUUUGGCGUAAAAAGGUCAAGGAAAUUGAAGAUAGGGAAACUUCAUCUUUAUCGUCGAGGGCAGAGAGAAUACAUGAUCUGGAAGAACAGAUUCGAGAUCUCAGAGUCUACAUUGAAGCUCAGAAAACACUUCACACCAUGACAGAUACGGAUGAUGGGAUUAAAGGAGGGACAUUGUUACCUGUACCUCCGAAGCAGUCCUCGCCAGCAAAUAGCAGAAAACACACAAAACUGGGUCGUAAACGGAAUUAGAUACAAUGUUUCGUAUACUUGUAUAGAGUUAAUCUGAUAAGCCAAAAGGAAACAGAUUUUUUUGAGAAAUAAAAAUCUGGGAUUCACAUUGAUAUUUUUAGUUGUCUUUAUAAAUAUAAUAAUGUUAUUCAUCCCAGAUUAGUUCCUGAAAUAUUAUUAUCAACUAUUGAUGGGUAUUUCUGGUUGAA